AUGUUCAAAUAUAUAUGUCGUACCAAUAAUAUAGCGAGUCGUUCAUUCAAUAUAUUUAGAUGUAAUAGUAAUAGUAGUAGUAGUAGUUUAAAUUUUAGUUAUUUUAACAACAAUAUUAGUUUGAAUAAUGGAUUAACAAUUAAAAAUCAAUAUUUUGCGACAACCACGACAACAACAACAACAACAAAAACAACAGAAGUAAAUAAACCAAAAAGAAGACCAAAGAAGAAUAUAGAAGAAAUAGAUGAAGAAUUUAUAGAUCUUGGAUUCGAUGAUGAUAAAUUCGAAUCUAUAGUUUCGAAUGAUGACAGUAACAACCCUCAACCAAUCAACUCGGCAGUUAAAGACAUUCUCGGUCACGAGAUUGUCAAUCCCAUCAGUAGAGAGAGAAAGAAGCUGCAAUCACUCAUCAAAGAGACAUCCAAUCUAAUCAAACAACUAAACAAACCAGUACCAUCCGAUCCCUCAAGAUGGUCAAAAGAAGAUCAAGUUGAUUACUUGGAAUAUAUAUUCGAUAAAUUAGAUUUCUUUUCAAUGGAAGAUUGGUAUAGAUUGACUGUUAAGAAGAUAAGUGAUAAUCAAGGCGAUGGCUUGCUAAGACAGAAUCAUCAAUCGGCAGCACUCUGUGUGAUAAACAACUUUCCCGAAUAUAAAUGGGAUAUAACAAAGUUUGCGAGAUCUCAAGCGAAUUUCUGGCAGCAUAAAGCACACCAACGUCUGCUCCUGAACCAGGUGCUCGAGACUGCCGGUCUCGAUCCGGCCGAUCCCUACAACUGGUAUCAAGUGACAUUCAACCACAUCAAUGCAUUCCCACAACUCGGUAAACUACUCAGACAUUCAUACAACAACGAUCUUGCACUCUACUUGAACAACAUCUAUCGUUUCGAUUCCUACGGUAACUACCAAGGUAACAACAACAACAACAACAAUAUUCCUAUCUUCCAACACGAUCGACUACAUCAUUCGUGGAGAGAACUAAAGAUUCAUGAAAUCGAGGUCUUUGGACAAUCGAUCGGUAUAACAGAGUUGGAUCAAUGGUAUGAUAUCACCAGUAAUCAAUUGAAUCAGUUCUACGCAAACCACCCACAAUAUCAUUCUUUAAUCCGAUCGUUAGUAUUUAUAUAUCCCGAUCAUCCAUGGGAUCCCACUCGUUUUAAAUUUAGAACAGAAGCACAAAAUGAAAGAAAAGCAAAACGUAAACUUAAAUAUCAACAACAAAAAACGAAUCAAAUAGAAUAA